GUGAAGAAUACUGUUUGGCAAAGUAUGAGUUUUGAUGGAACCGUCCAGGAAUAAAAUAUUAGAAAUUAAUUGGAGUAUAGUUUAUCAAUUUAUUUUAAUGUCAAAUAGGAACUUAUCAGUGUCUACAAAGUUGUGAGUGUAAACACAAGAUAUUCAAGUACUUUAUCGACAAGAACUACCUCAGGAAAGAUGUCAUGGUUCCUUUAUAUAACAUGAUGGGAAGUUGUUUAUCGUCAAAUGUUCAUCCCUCGGAGCCAGUGAUACGUACUGCUACAGCUAAGAUAUUCGACAAAUCAAAUUUUUUACCCCCAAAGAACUCCCUCCUUUCAAUUAAAAGUGAAAAAGACAUUCAGAAUCUUAAUGUUAAAGAAUUAAAGGAUAUUUUGUCUAACUACUGUGUAGAUUACAAAGGGUGUAUUGAGAAAAGCGAGCUACAGAGAAAGGUUACGAACCUGUAUGUGGAGCGACAGAACAACAGGUCACGAAUCAGUGAUGAGGAAUGCUGUAAAAUAUGCUGGGACGCUACAAUAGACUGUGUGUUACUGGAGUGCGGGCACCUAGUGUGUUGUCUCUUCUGCUCUAAGAAAUUCAAGGAAUGCCCAAUAUGCCGACAGUACAUCACGAGAGUAGUACACACUUUUAGAGGCUAACACAGCUGCUGGAGGUAUUAUCACACAGGGAGAACUACCGGGACAUUUCUUCUGUGGAGCUACUUUUAGUGUUUGAUAGUUGUGUGGGAACUACCCGAUUGUACAGUGAAACUCUACUACUACCCCAUACCGGACAAACCUGGUAUUUCACCUGGUGUUUCACCUGGUAUUUCACCGGGUAUUUCACCUGGUGAUUUACUUAGACUUGAGUUUCUCCCCCAAAUGUUGUUCUAUAAAGUGAGAAUACUACCCAGUUUAUAGUGAGUAGGGUAUACUGAUUAGAAUAGAAAUAGAAACCAGAGAGGCAGAGACAGCAUUGUUUUUAAGAAAACCUGGGGUAAAAUCCAGUUUAUUUAGUAACACCAUUUUGCGUACUUCACGUGUGUCGUGUACUGUCACGUGUACUAUCACGUGUACUAUCACGUGUACUAUCAAGUGUAUUAUCACGUGUACUGGCAUAUAAUACACAGCUUGUGCGAAUGUACGAUGGUUCUAACUACAGUAAAAGCUCUAUUAUAUACCGGGCCUCUUGGGGAAAACGAAUAAGUGCACGGUAUAGAUGUUCCCGUUUCCCAGUAACCUCUCAAAUAACCUGUCAAGCGUGUCAGUAUAUCCGGUAAAAAGAGGCACGGUAAAAAGAGGCACGGUAAAAAGAGGCACGGUAAAAAUAAAUUCUACUGAAUAAUAAGGGUUCACAUUAUAGCUGGUCUCUAUUUCAAAAGUGAAUACUAAAGAACAGAUACAAGUUAUCAGUAGUUUCUUAACGAGGAGAGUAGUUACUUUAAAUCCUUUUUAUUGUGGUAAUGGGUGGAUUAUUAUUAUCAUUUUGUUACAUCGACUGCUAAUUUGCGCGCGUGCGUUCUUAAUUCUUAACGAGUUAACAGUAUGUAUUGAAUCUUAGCAUGGACCGUAUAUUUGAAAACUCUUAUAACAUUUUAUUUUAAUCAACAAAUUCAUUUGAUAUUACUAGCACCAUUACAAUGGGAAAGUUAUUCUUUGAUUUAUUUUCCCAAGUUGGUCCCAUUUGCAUUGAUAUUUUUAUCAUUUACAAUUUCUUUCUAUAAACAUUUUGGAAUGACAAGCAGUAAUGAAAGGGUGUCGCUCACGAACGAUGACCACGAGCAGACAUUUUAAUUUUAUGAUAUUUACUAUUUAUAGCUAUGUUUAAUUAAUAUUUUUCAAUACAAACAUUACAUGUAGAUUGAUGUAAAAAGCACAAUAACUUUUAAUUUAUUCAGAGAAAAUAGUCAAAUAUGCGGUAUCUGUAUAAUGGACUGGUCGGUCACCUGGUCACAUGACUCGCCCGUUGUCACAUUCUAUAUAAUUGAUCUCUUAUCAAUCUUUCUAAGCUCACUUACUUACUUUGAGUACUUUGAGUAGGUUUGGCAGGGAUCACUUCAACUUCGGUUGAAAAUAUUAUGAAAUUGAUGUAUAAGUUGUAAUUAUACUGCUUUUACAAUUUUAUUCGAGUGAUAAUUGGAUUUUU